CCGUGGACGCGGCGGAGAAUUUUAUUUUCAUAAAAAAAAAGACAAUACGACAAAAAAAGGUGCAAAAAACCUAGACAACGCCUUUCACCUCACCGCCUAUAAGAACAUCGUCGAUGCUCAGAUCGAAUAUCCAUCCCAAAUCCACAAAUCAACGAACACCCUUCUGAAGAUUCAGAUAAUCCCAGAAGAAUCCACGAAAAAAUCUUACAGUUUCUUCUCCGGCGAAUCGUUUGUAUAAUGUUGUCGGUGGUGAUCGUUGCUGAGUUACUCGGCGAGUACACGGCGGCUCUCGCCAAAAUCGCCGCGGGACUUCUUCCCCGGCGUCCCGAUCGGCGGUAUGUCAUCCGAAUAGGCGGUGUCUCGCUACCUUGUCCUUCCCCGUCUAGUGCCGGGUCGUCGCCGAUUCCGGACUUCUCCUCUCAUCUCGUCGACUUCUGAUUCGUCAUCGACUUUUUCUUUUCCGUUGUAAUCGAGGGAGAUGGUCGAGAUUUUUCCCAGUGUCUCUCCUUCUCGCUCAGUUUUUUCUUUUUGUGCUGUAAUAUACGGUCUGUAAACUCUAUGCAGAUGAAAGUCAUAAUGAGAUGAUGAGUUUUGGUUUUCUUAA